AUGCAAGGUGGCGCCCAAGGGCAACUUAGGAAGUCAGCACGUUUGAAGGGCGAGGCUCCAGGCUCAGACACUAGCCCGCUGCCCGCGGGAACCAGCAGGAGGCCCGGGAGGGCCAACGAAAUUCUAGCGCCAGGCCCCGGCGCCGCAGCGGAAGCUGCGGAGCAACCAGCAGAACAGGCUGCCAGCAGCAGGGAGGCAGCAUUGCCAGCUGCCCCCACUUCCGCAACAGCAGAGGCCCACCCCGGGAGUGCAGGCACAGCGGGGGAGCAGCCCGCAGCCAGCCAAGCUGCGGGGCAGACCGCAGAAGCUGCGGGCAGGCCUGCAGGUGCAGGCCUGCCAGAUCUGGCAGCCAGCGGGGCUGCCAGACCAGCAGGACCUGCGGAGCAGCCAGCUGGCCCUGCGGGAGAGAUAGCCCGCAGCUCCGUAGAGCACGGGGCAGCGGUGCCGGUUGCGGGUCAGGCGGGCAGUGUGCCAAACAGCAGUUUGGAGGCAGAAAAAGUUGCAAAAGUUGCAAAAAUGGCAGAAACGGGGAAAUCCUGGGACCCAGGGCUGCACAACGUGUGGGAUUUGCACGGGGAAGAGGGUUUCGACAUAGAGAGGCUGCAGGCUUUGGUGCCACGCUUCGGGAUGAAGCCGGGGGGAGAGCGGAAGAAACUGUUGAGCGAGAUGAUUGGUCUUGCCAAUGCCCUUGUCGGGGAACAGGGGGCUGUAGCCAAUCAUGGGCUGCUACGCCAGGAGACGGCGGAGACCGUUGAGGAGGCUCGGGAGGCAUCCCCCGAGGAGACAGCCGAGGAGGCGGAGCCCGAGGCGCAGGAGGCCGUGGACGUGGGGGCACGUGGACGUGGGAGCAAAAGGCGAGGAGCGACUGGAGUUGCUGCGGGGCCGAGCUUGGAGAGAGCGGAGAACGUGGAGCCGGCUGAUGUGGCGGCUUUGCGUAGAUUCCUGCUUGCAGACAUUGGUGCAGUUGACGAGGAUGACUGGGACAGGAGGCUCUUCCCCGCACUUCUCCCAAAGUAUAAAAAGUAUCUCUCCCAGCAAGAACCGUUCCCGAAUCCGGAGAUGGACAUCUUGGAGGAGUUCGAGGCGGACGAUGUCUUCCAGCCAUCCCCAGACGAGCUUGCGAACGGAGUUGUUUUCAGGAAGGGGGGCCCACGCCAGCUCGGGGAAGCGGGGCGGAACAUGCUAACCAAGUGGGUAGAGAAGUACCCAACGGAGCGGACCAAGUUUGUAAUGGACGGGGUCGAAGGCGAGGACGAGAAGUUGCUGGGGUUGCCGGGGCCGUUGCUUGAGCGGAUGAUGCAGCAGAUCAGCGAGGGGACGUCGAUGGAGGCGGUGUGGAGCAGGGAGCUUAAUGCAGAAAAGGACGGGAAUUCGCUCACUUGGGAGUUGGGGCGGUUCGUGGGCUACUCGACGGACGAGACGCAGACCACAUUGGCCAGUAACGCUUGGGCCCUGGGUUACUUGGUGCAGCUCGAGAAGAAGGGACAGCCCGUCCUCGUGCCGCUGAUUCCGGGGUGCUCGAAGGACCAGUGGGGCGACACGGGGACGGCAGUGGAGCGGCUUGGCAGGAAGGAGGCGGAAACAACAGCUUCGGACAGAGCGCUGUUCGAAGUCCGCCCCCGCGUGCGGGACUUGCUGCCGUUGGCCGUCGAUCUCGAGGCCUAG